CGGAGUGAGUGCGUACUGAAAAUAAACAGAGAGUGUGUGGUGUGGUGACAAGAGCGCGGGUCGAACGAUGGCUUCGCCGAACAAGAAGGCCAAGGAAUUAGAAGAUCCAGGUUCGGGCGAGGGUGUUGAAUCACGCGAUUAUGAUAUUGAAAUACAAAAGACACUCGAAGAGAUUGACGGGUGUCAGAAUCAAAUCGAUGGCCUCAAUGAGAAGGCCAGCGAUGAAAUCCUCGAAGUCGAGAAGAAGUAUAAUAAGUUGCGUAAGCCCUAUUUCCAAAAACGGAAUGACAUUAUUAAGAGGAUACCCAAUUUUUGGGUUACUGCUUUUGUAAACAAUAAAGAAAUAGCAGAAAUAUUGGAAGAAGACGAAGAGGAUGCACUUCGAUUUUUAAACAAAUUAGAAGUUGAAGAAUUUGAAGAUAUUAAAUCUGGUUAUAGAAUUAAUUUUCAUUUUGAUGAAAAUCCAUAUUUUGAAAAUGAUGUUCUUACAAAGGAAUUUCAUUUAGGUUCUUCCGGAGAUCCAGCAUCUCAAAGUACACCUAUACGUUGGAAAGAAGGUGCAGAUUUAACAAAAAGAGCAAAAACCAAAGCCCCAUUAAAAGGUCGUAAAAGGCCAUUAAAACACAGGUCAUUUUUUGACUGGUUUACGGAUCAUGGAGAUCCAAGCUCAGAUGAAAUAGCAGAGCUAAUUAAAGAUGAUAUGUGGCCUAAUCCAUUACAGUAUUAUUUGGCACCAGAUAUGGAUGUUGAGAAUGGUAUUGAAGGAGAUGGUGAAGAUUGCGAUACAGAAGAAGAGGAAGAAGAAGAAGAUGGUGGUGCAGAUGAUGGUGAUGAAGCAGGUGAAGGAGAGGAAGGAGAUGAUAGCAUAGUUGUUGUCGAAGAUGAUGUGGAUGAAGAUGACGAGGAAGAAGAGGCUGUGAAUGAUGAAGAUGAUGGGGUAAAUGAGGAGGAUGAUUUACUGGUAGAUGAUGAAGUGGACCGUGAAGAUGGUGAGGGAGAGGAACCAGAAUAGAAUUUAAAGUUGGUUUUUCACAACAUUGGUUACAGUCAUAGACAUUAAAAAAGGAUCGCUGAAAAUACACAUCAGAUUGAUUGAAAAUAAAGUUUGCAGGACUG